CCAACUCCAACACUGCAUUCCAGCGUCAUGUGGACUUUGAAAGUGUGCAUCUUCGCCGCAGCUGCCAUUCUGAGUGCUGCAACAGCUGAAAACGACGCGGGAGCUCCUGCCGACGCCAAGAAGACUGAGAAAAGGGGCGUUUAUGGCGGCUACGGGGCUGCAGGGGUUCUGGGCACAAGUGGUGGUUAUGCCGGAUAUGGAGGCGGUGGUCUAGGUGGAGUCGCCAGCGCCGGAGCAAUCGGUGGAGGCAGCAUCGGAGGUGGACUCGGUGGAGCCGGCAUUGGAGCUGGACUCGGUGGAAGUGGAACAGAUGUGGUUCCAUUGGUGUUGGUGCAAAAUCCACAUCCAGUUCCUGUGCCUGUACCCGUCACCAGGAAGGUCCAAGUAAUCAUUCCUGUGCCAGUGGCCCAGCCGGUUCCUGUCAGCGUGGGUGGUGUGGGUCUCGGGGGCGGCAUUGGUGGAGGAGUUGGACUUGGUGGUGGUCUCGGAGGAGGAGCCGGAUUUGGGGGUGGCUAUGGAGGAGGUGUCACUGGGGGCGCAUCUGGUCUCGGUGGCCUGGUCGGAGGCUUCGGAGGUUAUGGGGGUUAUGGAGGUUACGGAGGCUACGGAAAGGGAGGUGGCCUGGGUGGAGCUGGAGGUGUGACUGGCUACUCCAGCGUGACCAUUUCUACUGGCGGCGGUCAUCACUUCAAGGGGUAAAAUGUGCCACACACCUCAAUGGAUACGAGAUAUUGGAAACCAGAGAGCACUGUCACAGCACUGACAAUCGUCUUUUAACUUCACACCAGUUUCCUUUCACACCUAUGCUGUCACACAUCUCCACACUCCAGCCUCUGAAAAUUCUCCAACAUCGGCUUUUAUUUGAACAAAUUCCUCUUUUGCACACAUAUAGCUUCACCCUGCUUAGCAGUUUCAUCCACCCACAAUCUACCAAUCAGCACUGCCUUGGAGAUCUCUGUGACAUAGUACUGCUAAUACUGCCACUCCUUUUGAGUUCGAGGGGAACUCUCUUUCUUCCCGCCUCAGACUGGCGAAGUAAAUGGACUCACCUGGCAAAAUUUUCAAUCCAUAACAAAUAAACAGUAACAUACUCUAGAUAUCACGAUGCUGACCCUGCCAUCGUUUCACCUACACUUUCAUCAAGCACCUUUCUUUAAAUGGAACUGUGUAUCAUUCUUCACUGUUCUCCGCUACUUAUAAGAGUCAAACAUAGCAUACCACUUUAUGACUCAUUGUCAAAUGGCUAUUAAGACAAGUGACGCUGUCAAGCUGCAAGUGCACAUAUAUCUUUCUCAUGCUUCGUUCCUGUAU